ACUCAAGCUUUCGUGCGGCAAUUUGUUUGUACCAAAUUGAAGUAUUUUUGAAAUGUCUUAUGAGAACGAUCCCAAGCAUUCAACGGAAGAGCUGCCUUCAAAACCAAAUGAUGAAACAGAUGACGGAUUCCUUAUUGCGAGACCAAAUUUGGUUCAUGAACCUCUAGUUGCUUCAGAUGAGACAGAAAGCAAUCAGGCUGAUCAUAACAAAGACAUUAAGGAUGAUUCGUCACCGGGAGGUUUCUUUUCAGCAAUCGACUCAGUAGAAAAGUUAGGAUAUGAAGGAAAGUUAAGCAGUGUUCAAAUUGCUCAAAUGAAGCAUCGUUUCUUCAAACUUAGUGGCCUUCUCUCGAAAAUAAGAGACAAUGAAUUCAACUUAAUACAGCUAUCUAAAAAAAUGUCCAUUCAACUAGAUAGUUUGAAUGAAUCAUUAUCAAAAGCUGACAAUUAUCCUGAAGGUUAUAAUACAAAAGCAGAUAAAUUGCGUGAACAACUCUUGAAUGCAAAUAAUCGUCUAUUACAAAUUGAAGAAAGAAAUGAAGAAUUAAAUUAUACCAUAGAAAGCUUGAAAGAUGAAAAACGUAUGCUAGAAAAUGAAUAUAAUCGUAUGCCUAAAGAAGAGGAUGUUAUUAAUCAGCGCAAACAAUUAGAAAAAUCCGUUAGCGAAGUGAAAAGCGAAAUAAAUAAGCGAUCUGGAGAAACGCGACAAUUAACACAAACAUUGCAAGAUACGAAGGAGAUGUUAGGACAAGUAACUAAACUAAAGAACGAUGUCGAAGAACAAUGUCAAAAUUUGGUGUCAGAAAGUGCAGAAAUUCAAUCACAACUGUUACAAACAAUGAAAGAAACUGAUAAGUUACAAAAACAAAAAGACGAAGUAGAGCGUUUAAAAACCGAAACGUCAGAUGAACAGUUGAAGUUACAAGAUGAAAUGAAAACACUAGAAUCACUUCGUUUACAACUUGAAUUAGAAAGUGUGAAACUACAAAAUCAGUCUACUAAAAAACAGAAGAAACUAUGUGAUUUACAAGCGCAACAUGAAGCUGUAAAUAUACAUGUUUCUGAAUUAGAACAGAAAAAUGCGGAAAUGACGUUGCAAAAAACAGAAACAGAUUUAAAAAUGGACUAUUUAAAACAAGAACUUUUACAAUUGAAAGAUCGUAUCAAUCAUCAAACACGUUUACAUGAAGCAUUUAUACGUAAAACUCGUAAAGCUGAUAAUAUACUACAAGCAUUAAAAGAAUCUGUUAAGUUUACAAUGAAAACAUGUUCUGAAAAGCAUAUGAAUUGUUUGGCUAUGAAACAAACUGGUCAAGAUACUCAACUAUUAAAGAAACGUACUCAAUUAAUUAAUGAUAUAAAGAAACUUAAAGAAAUGCUGAUAAGUCAGUGUCAACUUACUGAACUUGAACAAACUAAACUACGUCAAAGUUUACAACAAGUAGAUCAAAUGAAUUAUGAUUUGGCUAAUUUACGUAUUGAACUUGUAGAAUUGACACGUUUAGUUACUAUUAAAUCAGAUGAGAGAGAACAAAAAUCUCGUGAGUUUUUAAUUGCUCAAUCACGAUACAAUCGUAUACAAGAUGAUAUUAAGUCAAAACAACUGCAAAUAAAUGAAUAUGAUAAAUCACUGAAUAGUACACAGAAAAAAUUGAAAGAUUUCGCUCAUUUAUAUGAAACAGUUAAAGAAGAACGUAAUAAUUGUUUAAAUUCUAUUCAAUUAUCAAAUCAACAUAUACAAGAAUUGGGAGAAAAACUACGUAUAUCAGCAAAUGAAAUAGAUAUUUUAAAGAAUAAUUUAGAUCAUAAAGAAGAAUUAUUAAAUAAACAACGAAAAAAUAUUGAAAAAGUUACUGUAGCACGUGAUCAUUUACGCAAUGAAUUCUCAAAAUUGAGUUGUACUAUCAAAGAUAAUGAAGCGCAAAAGGAACGAAUGGAACAAUCAAUCCAUAGGCAAAAUACAAUAAUUACACAAACAACGAAGCAAUUAGAAGACUUAAAAAAUGCUAUAGGUCAUGUAAUUAAAUUACGCGACUCUCGAGCUAUUGAAAUAGUUGAACGUAAUGAAGAAUUCUGUGUUCUACAGGAAAAAUUGAAUCUACAAAAUUUCACUCUUCAUAAAGGUGAAAUUGAAAUGAAUAAAUUAGAAGAUGAAAUAAAAAGUUUACAAUUAAUCAAAAAUGAUAUAAAAAGAAAAAAUGAAUUAUUGAAAAAAGAGAGUGAAAAAAGUAAAAAACUAAAAAAUGAAGUUCAGUCUAGUCAACUACAGUUAGCUGUAUAUCAAGAUCGUUUAGCAAAAUUAGAAAAAACCGCUAUUUCACCAAAAGCAUUUUUAUUGGAUAGUGAAACAGGUGAUGCAAUUCAAAAAGAUUUAAUUAAAUGUAAAAAUCAUAAAAAUAUUAAUAUAAUUAUAUAUGAAACACGUUUAAAUGAAUUAAAUGGUAAAAAUGAAAAUAUAGCUGAAUUAAAAUAUAAAAUUGAUACACUUGAAAUUCAAAUCUAUUCACGUGAAAAAAAAUUAUUAGAAUUAAAUUUAUUAUUGGAUGCAAUUCAAUGUUUAAUAAAUAAACUUGAAAAACAAGUUAAUAUGGGCAAAGAUGUAGCACUAACAUUGGCUGUUAAAACGAAUGAACAGAAAGGUACUACUGUUCAAACUACAAAACUUUUAAAAGCGACAACAGCUGAAUUAACCAUGUUAAUGACUACAGCAUUUGACCUUGAACAGCAAGUAAAGGAACGCCGAACUUUUCUUAAAGAAUGUUAUGAACGCAUAGAGGCCGGGAACCCUCCUACAGAUGAUGUGAUUGAAGAAUUAGAAAAAUAUAGUAAAGUAAUUCAGUGGAAAUCUGAUAGAAAAAGGAUUUCAAAGGCUUUAGAACUAAAUGACUACUGGACUACAGCUCCGGAAAGACCUAAUGCCUACCUAAUUCAUCGUGACGUAUCAAAAAAAUCCUAUGAAUACCCACCAAAUACAGCCCCCAAUCAUGGUGGUUCAGACGAUCAAGUGUCUAGUCCAAAAACUAACUCAGUUUUGAUACCAUAUGGAGCUCAUGCACCAUUCCGACCCAAUGAUCCUAGUUCACAUAUGCGCCAUUUUCGAAAACCAGAGUUGAAACCCGUUGAUACCUAA